AUGGCACAUAACAAAUCGCUCGAAGCACUUGACCGAACUCUGCGAGAUUUUCGUGGAAAAGACCAACCGAUGGGAGGCGCUCUUAUACUUCUUGCAGGUGAUUUUCGUCAAACAUUACCCGUUAUACCACGAUCAACGCCUGCAGACGAGCUGAACGCGGGCUUAAAGGCAUCGCAUCUGUGGAACUAUGUCGAAAAAAUUACGCUCACAACAAAUAUGCGAGUGCAUUUGCUGCAAGAUACGUCUGCCCAAAUAUUUUCAAAGCAACUUUUAGAUAUCGGAAACGGUAAAGUUCAUAUUGAUCGCACCACAAAUGAGAUAUCAUUUCCGUCCAACUUUUGUCAAGUGCAGCAGAGCAUUCAAGACGUCAUCGACAGAGUAUUUCCGAACUUAACGAUCAACUACCGAUAUCCGGAAUGGCUCCGCGAACGUGCAAUUUUAGCUCCGAAGAACGAUGAUGUUAGUAAAUUAAACGGUCAAAUUCAAUUGAAAAUUCCAGGAGAAGCAGUCGAAUAUAAAUCGAUUGAUACAGUAAUGGACAAAGAUCAAGCUGUUAAUUACCCAACUGAACUUCAUAAUUCUUUGGAGCCACCUGGAAUGCCUCCUCAUUCGUUGGCGUUAAAAGUUGGAUCACCAGUGAUGCUUAUUCGGAACUUGAACGCGCCGAAACUGUGCAACGGAACCAGAGUGAUAAUAAAAAAAUUAACACCGAAUUUGAUCGAGGCAACAAUCAUCAGCGGUAAAUUCAAAGGCGAAGAUGUGCUAAUUCCACGUAUACCGAUGAUUUCCAACGAUUUACCGUUCGAAUUCAAGCGGCUUCAAUUCCCUUUGCGUCUUGCCUUUGCUAUAACUAUAAAUAAAGCACAAGGUAUUUCUUUCGCUUGUUGGAAUUUUGGUCAGCUGAUUGAGGCUGAGGAAUGCUCGCCAGAACAAUUCGCGCACAUUGUUCUUACGCAGUCUUCUUCGUUGUGCGGAGGGAAAUUACAAUUGACACAAGCUCAUGAUUCAAUAAUACAAGGUUAG